CUCUCACAUGGCGAGGAUUACACAUUUGCCCUUUGAACCCACCACAUUCAGGUCAUAAAUGGGACCACUAACAAUGCUUCAACCUUCCUAACUUUGUUCAGAUGUCCUAAUGUCAUUACUAUGCACAUAGCACACACCAUGGCUAGUCAACAUACCCUCAUUGGAUUACUCCUAUUUCUAUCGGUGGAUUGGACUUUAUCUGUCAUUCCAGAGAAUGAGAAGCACCCCAGCUACUGGAACAACAAGGGGAAGCAGGCCCUCCACAAAGCUCUGGAUAUGAAGCCAAAUGUCCGCCGGGCUAAGAACUCCAUUCUGUUCCUGGGAGAUGGUAUGGGCAUCCCCACAGUGACUGCAGCGAGGAUCCUCAAAGGGCAGAUGAAUGGAGGGAACGGAGAGGAGUUUAGUCUGGCAAUGGACACCUUCCCACACUUAGCCCUGUCUAAGACGUACAACGUGGACCAGCAGAUGCCCGAUAGUGCUGGCACGGCCACGGCCUACCUGUGUGGUGUGAAAGCCAACUAUGGAACCCUGGGUCUCAGUGCCUCAGCUCUCCGCUACAACUGCAACAGCACUUUCGGAAACGAGGUGGAAUCUGUCCUUCACCGCGCCAAGAUGGCAGGGAAGUCGGUGGGCAUCGUCUCCACCGCCCGUGUCCAGCAUGCCUCUCCUGGAGCCGCCUACUCCCACACAGCCAACCGAGGCUGGUACGCCGACUCUGACAUGAACGCCGCAGACAUCGCAGCAGGAUGCCGUGAUAUCGCCUACCAGCUGGUCCACAACACUGACAUCAAUGUCAUUCUUGGUGGAGGACGAAAAUAUAUGUUUUCCAAGGAGACACAGGACCCAGAGUACCCAUCAUACAAAGGCGUCCGUAACGACAAGUUUGACCUCACCGCAGUGUGGCUUAAUAACAAACAGAAUGCAAAGUAUGUGUGGAACAAAGAUGAAUUUGACAAAGUGAAUCCUGAAAAAACAGACUAUCUGAUGGGUCUGUUUGAGCCAAGUGACUGCCGCUAUGAGAUAGAGCGUGACCAUACCAUGGACCCUUCCCUCACGGAGAUGGUGGACAAAGCCAUCAAGAUCCUCCGCAGGAACCCCAAAGGAUUCUACCUCUUUGUGGAAGGGGGGAGAAUUGAUCACGGUCACCACGGCAGCGGGGCCAAAUUUGCCCUGACGGAGGCGGUGGAGUUUGACAAUGCCAUCGAGCGGGCGGCAGAACUGACCAGUGAGCUGGACACUCUGUCUGUGGUCACUGCUGACCACUCCCACGUCUUCUCCUUUGGAGGGAACUCCGACAGAGGGAACCCCGUCUUAGGUCUGUCCCGUAACUUGGCUGACGAUAAUAAGCGCUUUACCACCACACUCUAUGGAAAUGGCCCAGGAUACAAGUUAGUCAAUGGAUCUCGUGCAGAUGUGAACGCAACGGAAGCAGAUCACAAAGAUUACAAGCAGCAGUCAGCUGUACCUCUGGACUCUGAGACCCACGGCUCAGAGGAUGUGGCCAUCUUUGCCAAGGGCCCCAUGGCCCACCUCUUCCACGGGGUCCAGGAGCAGAGCUACAUCGCCCACGUCAUGGCCUACACAGCCUGCAUUGAGCCCUACACAGACUGCUUCAUCCCAGACCUAGAGCCAGAGCCUGGCCACGCAGGAGCCACCAACCCCAGCCUCAUAGUGCUGCUGAUGGGCGUCAUACCUGCCCUCCUUUCCCUCUUCUCUGUCUGAUGGGCCUCAUACCUGCCCUCCUCUCCCUCUGAUGGGCCUCAUACCUGCCCUCCUCACCUCUACCUGAUGGGCCUCAUACCUGCCCUCCUCUCCUCUACCUGAUGGGCCUCAUACCUGCCCUCCUCUACCUGAUGGGCCUCAUACCUUCCCUCCUCUCCCUCUGAUGGGCCUCAUACCUGCCCUCCUCUCCUCUACCUGAUGGGCCUCAUACCUGCCCUCCUCUCCCUCUGAUGGGCCUCAUACCUGCCCUCCUCUCCCUCUUCUCUGUCUGAUGGGCCUCAUACCUGCCCCCCUCUACCUGAUGGGCCUCAUACCUUCCCUCCUCUCCCUCUGAUGGGCCUCAUACCUGCCCUCCUCUCCACUACCUGAUGGGCCUCAUACCUGCCCUCCUCUCCUCUACCUGAUGGGCCUCAUACCUGCCCUCCUCUCUGUCUGAUGAGCCUCAUACCUGCCCUCCUAUCUGUCUGGUGGACCUCAUACCUGCCCUCCUCUCCUCUACCUGAUGGGUCUCAUACCUGCCCUCCACUCCGAUGGGCCUCAUACCUGUCCUCCACUCCGAUGGGCCUCAUACCUGCCCUCCACUCCUCUGAUGGGCCUCAUACCUGUCCUCCUCUCUCUCUGAUGGGCCUCAUACCUGCCCUCCUCUACCUGAUGGGCCUCAUACCUGCCCUCCUCUCCCUCCGAUGGGCCUCAUACCUGCCCUCCACUCCUCUGUCUGAUGGGCCUCAUACCUGCCCUCCUCACUCCGAUGGGCCUCAUACCUGCCCUCAUCUACCUGAUGGGCCUCACACCUGCCCUCCUCCCUCUGAUGGGCCUCAUACCUGCCCUCCUCUCCUCCCUCUGAUGGACCUCAUACCUGCCCUCAUCUACCUGAUGGGCCUCAUACCUGCCCUCCUCUCCUCUGUCUGAUGGUCCUCAUACCUGCCCUGAUCUACCUGAUGGGCCUCAUACCUGCCCUCCUCUCCUCCCUCUGAUGGACCUCAUACCUGCCCUCAUCUACCUGAUGGACCUCAUAUCUGCCCUGAUCUACCUGAUGGGCCUCAUACCUGCCCUCCUCUCCUCUGUCUGAUGGUCCUCAUACCUCUACCAACUGACCUACACGGGACCAAUAGCUACACCUGGAUAGCACUUCUGUCCUGCAAUAUUGAUAUACCUUAUUUGUUGGCAUUGCUAAUGUUCAAUCAAGAUAUGGGUAAUCAUGUUCAACCCAUGUUUGUUAUUAAGGUAUGGAUAGCUAUGUUUGCUAUUGAGGUAUGGGUAGUUAUGUUUGUUAUUUAGGAAAGGGAAAGGGGUAUGGAUAGUAAUGUUUGUUAUUUAGGAAAGGGAAAGGGGUAUGGAUAGUAAUGUUUGUUAUUUAGGAAAGGGAAAGGGGUAUGGAUAGUAAUGUUUGUUAUUUAGGAAAGGGGUAUGGAUAGUAAUGUUUGUUAUUUAGGAAAGGGAAAGGGGUAUGAUAGUAAUGGCGUUGUGUAUUCUGAGCUCAUCUACAGUUUAUUAACCUCCAUAAAUAUCCAAAUGUACUUGCAAUUAGUCUAAUUCAUUUAAAAUAAAAUGACAUUUUUAGUAGGAAACAAUUAUUCUUUAAGAAGUUAAUGCUUGUUAACCAUUUUAUUGUCAAAGUUAGUAACAUGACUAUUGGAAGGAAAAUAUAAACUGAUAUGGCUUUUGUCAGUAAAUCUACUAUGAAACGCAAUACUGUGGACAAUAAAUGAAAUCCUGUUUUAAAAAUUAA